CGGAGCUUGACAGAACUCAUUUAAUGGGCAAACGUUUAUUAAUUCAAGCACAGUGUGGAAACGUUGCGAGGGGACAAGAUCGGUAACUUGGAACUCACGGAUCCACGGACUGGUCAUUCACCUUCAGCCGUUUACAAAUCCACCUGUUCAUUCAAUUAAAUAUGUUGAAAGUGACAUUAGGCCUCGCUCUGGUGACUCUGGUUGCUUGCUCGCAGUGCCCCAACAAUGAAGUGUGUGAGGCAGGCCAGACAUGCUGCCAGGAUCCCACCGGAGAAUUCAGCUGCUGCCCUUUCCAUAACGGAGAGUGCUGUGAGGACCACCUGCACUGCUGUCCUGAAUACAUGCUGUGCAGUGUUACAGACUCCAUAUGUGAAAACGCUACACUUGCAAUGCCGUUUGUGAAGAGGAUACCAGCUAAACAGACAGACCAUCCCAAAUCGUUCAGAAUGAUUCCCUCAUUACCGGCGAGUGAGAAUGAUAUCACCUGUCCUGAUGGCUCCUUCUGUCCUGCUGAGUUCUCCUGUCUGCUGAUGGCUUCAUCAUAUGGGUGCUGUCCUGUAGCACAGGGUCUUGUGUGCUCAGAUGGGAAACACUGCUGCCCAAAAGACCAUGAAUGCAGUGCAGACAGCAAGUCCUGUGUCAAACUAAAAGAACCAGUCAAGACUGUUCUUUGUGGAAAUGGGAUCUCAGAGUGUCCCGUGGACACCACAUGUUGUGAGGCAGAAGAUGGUCAGUGGGCAUGCUGUCCAGUGCCAAAGGCUGUAUGUUGUGAUGAUAAAAUCCACUGUUGUCCAGAGGACAGUGUCUGUGAUGUUGAAGCCUCCAAGUGCAUGUCCUCCACCAAUCAGGAGCUGCCUAUGUGGGACAAGUUCCCUGCUCGUCUUAGAGCUGAAUGGGAAGAUCACAAACCUGCAGAAAUGAGAGCUGAAGCUGAACUCACUACAACCAGACAAAUCACUACUGCUGGCAACCAAAUGACUAGCCUGCCUGGUGUACUACCAAAGACCUCUGACGUUCCCUGCAAUGACACAGCGGCCUGUCCAGAUGGAAGCACAUGCUGUAAGACUAAAGAGGGAGAAUGGGCCUGCUGUCCUCUGCCACAGGCUGUGUGUUGUGACGACUUCAUCCACUGCUGUCCUCAUGAUACGACAUGUAACACUGCUGCUGGGUCUUGUGAUGACUCUUCAGGAUCUCAGCUCUGGUUCGAGAAGCUGCCUGUCAAAACAAUCAGCAGUCAGGAUGGGGCUGUUACACAAGUGACUUCGGUGCAUUCAGGUGUGCCCUGCAAUGACACAGCGGCCUGUCCAGAUGGAAGCACAUGCUGUAAGACUAAAGAGGGAGAAUGGGCCUGCUGUCCUCUGCCACAGGCUGUGUGCUGUGACGACUUCAUCCACUGCUGUCCUCAUGGUCAGAAAUGUAACACUGCUGCUGGGACGUGUGAGGACCCUUCAUGUUCUGGUGUGCCCUGGGUGGAACAGGUGCCCGUGCAGCCAAUCAUCAGUCAAGACAAACAAACCUCUGACGUUCCCUGCAAUGACACAGCGGCCUGUCCAGAUGGAAGCACAUGCUGUAAGACUAAAGAAGGAGAAUGGGCCUGCUGUCCUCUGCCACAGGCUGUGUGUUGUGACGACUUCAUCCACUGCUGUCCUCAUGAUACGACAUGUAACACUGCUGCUGGGUCUUGUGAUGACGCUUUAGGAUCUCAGCUCUGGUUCGAGAAGCUGCCCGUUAAAACAAUCAGCAGCCAGGAUGGGGCUGUUACACAAGUGACUUCGGUGCAUUCAGAUGUGCCCUGCAAUGACACAGCGGCCUGUCCAGAUGGAAGCACAUGCUGUAAGACUAAAGAAGGAGGAUGGGCCUGCUGUCCUCUGCCACAGGCUGUGUGUUGUGACGAUUUCAUCCACUGCUGUCCUCAUGAUACGACAUGUAACACUGCUGCUGGGUCUUGUGAUGACUCUUCAGGAUCUCAGCUCUGGUUCGAGAAGCUGCCCGUCAAAACAAUCAGCAGUCAGGUUGGGGCUGUUACACAAGUGACUUCGGUGCAUUCAGAUGUCCCCUGUAAUGACACAGCAGCCUGUCCAGAUGGAAGCACAUGCUGUAAGACUAAAGAAGGAGAAUGGGCCUGCUGUCCUCUGCCACAGGCUGUGUGUUGUGACGACUUCAUCCACUGCUGUCCUCAUGAUACGACAUGUAACACUGCUGCUGGGUCUUGUGAUGACUCUUCAGGAUCUCAGCUCUGGUUCGAGAAGCUGCCCGUCAAAACAAUCAGCAGUCAGGAUGGGGCUGUUACACAAGUGACUUCGGUGCAUUCAGAUGUCCCCUGCAACGACACAGCGGCCUGUCCAGAUGGAAGCACAUGCUGUAAGACUAAAGAGGGAGGAUGGGCCUGCUGUCCUCUGCCACAGGCCGUGUGUUGUGACGACUUCAUCCACUGCUGUCCUCAUGAUACGACAUGUAACACUGCUGCUGGGUCUUGUGAUGACUCUUCAGGAUCUCAGCUCUGGUUCAAGAAGCUGCCUGCUUUCACUAGAGCAGAUCAGAGGUCACCUGCAAAAGUGAAUUGUGACUCUAGUCACAUUUGUCCUGAUUCUAGCACUUGCUGUAAAAACAUUGAUGGAGAAUGGGGCUGCUGUCCUUUGCCUGAGGCUGUGUGUUGUAAGGAUAAAUUCCACUGCUGUCCACAUGACACAACUUGCGACUUUGUAACACUCAGCUGCACUAGCAACACCACAUCUGUGCCUAUGUCCGUAAUUAAACAACCUUCAGCUAAGGAGGAACAGAGACAGCACGGGGAAGUGAAAGACAGAGUGGGGAAGUACAAUAGCAGGAUUCCGUGUGAUUCUCAAACUUCCUGUCCAGAUUAUACUACUUGCUGUUUUAUUGCAAAAUCCAACAAAUGGGGCUGUUGCCCACUGCCUAAUGCUGUAUGUUGCAAAGAUGGGGAACACUGUUGUCCGACUAACUAUAAGUGUGAUGUGAUCAAGGUGUCUUGCAUCAAGGGAGAUGUAGUUAUCCCCUGGUACAAUAAACUUUCCGCUCAGAGCACGCCGACUCCGAGCUUGGAUCUCGGCACUGUAGAGUGCGAUGAGCAGUCGAGUUGCUCUGCAGAUUCGACCUGCUGCUAUCUGUCCACUGGAGAAUGGGGCUGCUGCCCUUUUCCUGAGGCUGUUUGCUGCCCAGACCAGGAGCACUGCUGUCCCGGCGGCUACAGGUGUGACUUGCGUAGACGCUCCUGCAUAAAAACCACCUGGCUGCAUGUGGAAAUAGUCCCACUUUCACACAUUGAUGACCAAAAUCCACAGUCGACAGUCUCAAAGGACAUUCAGUGUGGAGGUGGAUAUAGCUGCAAAGACAGUGACACCUGCUGUCCAACCUCCGAGACCACCUGGGGCUGUUGCCCGUCUCCACAGGCCGAGUGCUGUGAUGAUAUGAAGCACUGCUGUCCUGCGGGAUACAAAUGUGGCGCAGGUGGAACUUGUACUUUAGCCGUAGGCUUCGACUGGAGAAACUGGGACAACUGGAGAGUGUUCUUCUCUAAAAGCAAACAAGCUAUUAAAUUAUAAAUACAUCAACAGUAAAAAACAAACACCUGGGUUGUUCCCACUCUGUUGCUUAAAUGGCCAACACUCCUUAAAGUGUUACGUUUUUUUAGAUUUAUCACAGUACUAAUCAAAGAUAAUCAGACACUUUACUGAAAAAGGUUGAAUUUAUUUGCAGGGCUGAAUAUGAUGGCUUAUGUCUGUUGCUAUUGUCUAUCAGUAAUACCAAAAUGUUAUCCACUAAGAAAUUUGUACAUUUUUAGAAUUGGUGUUAUUGUAAAAUGUACAUUGUUCGUAGUUUUGCGUAGUAUCCAGUGUCUUGGUUACUGUUUGGUUUUAUCUGAAGAAUAAUUUGACUAUGGAAUGAUAGAAAAAUGUAACACAUAUUGAAGCGUAGAUGACCUCUAGUGGCCGGAUGUAAAUCACACGUAUGCCAUUACAACAUCACAGGCCUCAAAGGUUUACAGGUUACAUUUUUUCAGUCUUGUGACUAUGAUCUGUGAUUUGUAUAAUUGCCUUUUUUAUUCAUUUAAACAGAUGUUUUCUGAAGUAAAAAUAUGACCAAUUUGAAACCUUGCCAGCUUUAAAAGGGAAAUAAAAGAUAAAGGUAAAUUGUA